AUGAUCCCACCGGGGGAGUGCCUGUACGCCGGGAGGAAACGCAGGAAACCCGUUCAGAAACAGAGGCCUGCUGUGGGUGCCGAGAAGUCGAACCCUUCCAAGCGGCACCGUGACCGCCUCAAUGCCGAGCUGGACCACCUGGCCAGCCUGCUGCCGCUGCCGCCCGACAUCAUCUCUAAGCUCGACAAGCUUUCCGUCCUGCGCCUCAGUGUCAGCUACCUCAGGGUGAAGAGCUUCUUCCAAGCCCUGCAGGAGAGGCGCCCGAGGAAGCCGGUAGCUGCUGCCCCCUCGCCAGGAGACCGGGGUCCACGUGGAGGGUCCACAGGCUCAGCCAUGCUGGAGGGAAGGCUGCUGCUGGAGUCCCUCCACGGCUUCGCUCUGGUGGUGAGCGCCGAAGGGAUGAUCUUCUACGCGUCGGCCACGAUUGUGGACUACCUGGGCUUCCACCAGACGGAUGUGAUGCACCAGAAUAUUUAUGACUACAUCCAUGUGGAUGACCGCCAGGACUUCUGCCGGCAGCUGCACUGGGCCAUGGACCCUCCCCAGGCAGGGUGUGGGCAGCCCCUGCUUUCGGAGACAGGAGAGGAUGCCAUCCUGGGGAGGCUGCUCCGGGCCCAGGAGGGGGGCGUGGACCUGCCCACCGAGUACUCGGCCUUCCUGACGCGCUGCUUCAUCUGCCGCGUGCGCUGCCUGCUGGACAGCACCUCGGGCUUCCUGACGAUGCAGUUUCAAGGGCGGCUGAAGUUCCUCUUCGGACAGAACAGGCGGGCGCCCUCGGGCGCGGCCCUGCCCCCACGGCUGGCCCUGUUCUGCGUGGCGGCCCCCCUGGCCCUGCCCCCUGGCGUGGAGGUGAGGAUGAAGACCGUGUACCUGAGGGCGAAGCACAGGGCGGACGUCCCGGCCUCGACCGACGCAAAAGCAAAAGCUGCCUCAAGUCUCUGCGAAUCAGAAUUGCAUGGAAAACCCAAUUACUUAGCAGGGAGAAGCAAUGGAGAAAGCGGCCUCUCCUUGUUCAGGACGCCAGAGGACGCCUGCCGCUGGGGCCGGGUCACAGCCCGGGGCCCCUGCCUGUGCCUCCGGGGCGGCCCUGACCUGGUCCUUGACCCCGAGGGCGCCGCAGGGUAAGUGACAGAGUCACAGCAUCAGCGGCCCUCGGGCCCUUCGGGGAGGGAGGGGCCCCCGGGCCCUGUGAAGCAUUUGGACUGGCCAGCCGGGAGGCACGGUCAGGACGGUGGCAGUGCCAAGCUGAAGCUGGAGCCGGGCAAGGCCAACCCGUUCCCUGCCGCCCCAGCCCGCGGCGCCUGCCUGCCCUACCCGGGCAUGCAGGGUGCUGUGCACACCCUUCGGAGCUCGCCCGGCUCUCACCCACCCAGGCUGCCCCCCGGGGCCUGUGCCGGCCGGACCAGCAGAGCCCUUCGUGACGGACACCAGGGUCCAGUGCCGCCCCCCACCCCUGGCCCCUUCCCCCACGGGGUCUUGGACAACAGGGUCCCUCGGCUGGCAGUCCAGCGUCUCCCGGUGGGCGGCUACCCAGCUGAGGACAAGCUGCGAGGCCUUCUGAUGCCCCCGGGAGCCCCAAGUCACUCCACAUUGUCACUCGACGUGCCCAUCAAGAUGGAGAGUGACUCGGGGUCCGAGGACGCGGCAGACGGCUACUGCGUGUCCCCGACCCAGGUGUGGCUGGGGGCUGGCGACCUGGCCAAGAGACAGCUGGUCACCUUCCCGACUAGGAUGCACCUGAAGAUGGAGCCGGGCGCCAGGCACCCCCUGUACAGUGCACCCCCCAGGCCUGGCCUGCUGGGCGCCCCCCCCAGACCCAGCAGGGGGCUGGCCCCGCUGCACCCCGCCUCCUGUGCCUGUCUAGAGCCCCCGCCCUGCCUCUGUGUACAGGGCCACCAGCCCCCCAACCUGGGCUGCAACUGCCGGGCUCCCGGGCCGGCUCCCACAGUCAAGCUCGAGCCCCUGGACUCUCCCUUGUGGGCGGCUCACGGCCAGGGCGGGCCUCCUGGGCUAUUCUGCAAGAGUGCCCCAGCCGUGGGGAUGCCCCCCAGGGACGCGCAGUGCGCCUUCCUGCCCUAG